CUGAAAAUUGAUCACAAGUCUUCCACAUGUAACAGUUAUACACUGCCGUCGGUAGAUCGACCGUGAAAACAAUACCGCUGUGCGCCCAUCAAUUCUAACUGAUGUGUACAGUACAAUUAUCAUGCCGAUGAGCGGUAGAAACAAAAAGGAUCUGCCAAAAUUUUUGCGUCGUCAUAGACAGCCACGUGUACACGAGUGACCAUCAAUCGAAGAGCUAACAUCUUUUUCUCUUGUUGCCCGACUGGUUUCUUUGUUAAUCAAUGAUGAAGAUGUUUAUAUAGGAAAUUAAGAGCCUACAAAUGAAAUCUAGAGAAUCUCCCGUAAUCGAUCUUACCUGACGUAUCUAUGAUUGUGUGUUAAUCUUUCCUCUCUUUUUUGCGUCUUCCUGAAUUUACUGUCACUGAUCCAUCCAUUAAUUGUUUUGCUGUAACUAAUUUCAUGUCUUCAAUGGAUUCCCCUGUUCUCACUGCAUGCAAUGCAAUUGAUCGACCAAAUGUGAUUUGUCCGAAAGAGUCGGUUAAUAAAGCAUGGAGUAGGGGCGAUCGACUGAUCGUUGAUCGUGCUCAGACGUAUGAGGCAAAUAUAUGUUUUACUACUCCUGAAUCUCUGUGUGCUGUGUGCAAGGUCUCGAAAAAGUGUCACGUUUGAAUAUGCAUGGUAUCCAUUUUGUACUUUCAUGAUCAGAUAUUCCAUAAAUUUCAGUCAGUUCGAUCGCUGUGCAUGGACCCAAGUUACUUGAGCAACACGUGAAUGGAAAACAAGAAUAAAACCAUUGUCGAAUCUCUUCAAACUUGUGUUGGAUUUCAGACAACCCAAAUUCAAGUUAAAAUUUCGAUCAUGCGCCAAAAUUGGGAAAACCAAACUUGUACUCUCUCUCGUGCGCAAUCAAAGACCCUGCUAGCUCUUUCUUGAACCAUAGGACGAUCGUAGAGAGGAAUUAAGAGACUCAAGUUGUCUUUCAAAUAGAUUCCCCUGUUUUGUCCAUUCAGAAAUCGACAGAGAGCAAGGUAGGCUGUUUCCAUGCGUUGAUCUACACUGCAUUUGCCGACACCAGGACAUCGUGUCCUAGCUCAUCUACGACACCAAGACGGCGGCGAUGGUGGUCUCGCCUCGGCUCCCGGAAGGCCUCGGCUACGGCUACCAGGCGGCCAUCGCCGUCGGGGAGAAGAAGCUCUACGUGCUCGAGUCCGAGUGGAGCUCGCCACACGCCAGUACGGCGGCUUGCACCGUUUGAGCGCCGAAGAUCACAAUCCUGGCCCCAGCAAAGAUGACGCCGAGGAGGAGGAGGAGGAGCUGGUGUGGGGACUGGGAGAUGGACGCGUGGGUCGGCCUCCAUGAUGCCGGCCACAGAGGCCACACGGACGGGCACCCCUGCGCCGGCAACCUCCUGCACUGCUGCGCCACAGCUGGAGUGUCAGGUCUCCAGCUGACCGCUUUCCAUGUGUCUGCUCGCCGGCUGACAGCUGGAGGACAAGUGUCUGCUCUCCGGCUGACCGUUUUCCAUGUCGGGCGCGGCGAGAACGGCGGAGAGUUCAAUUCUCAGCUGGAUGGCGGCGAGUGCCCACGAGCUGUUCGUGGAAUUGCUCGUCACCAAAUUGUAUGCAUGGAUGUUGCCAGCAUUGACAUAGAGUUUCGUGUGAGCGUGGCGAGGACGUCGAGCGCGUGGCCACGACCCUCAGACCGGCUAGCUCCUGCAGAGUGUGUAUGUUCCUGCGCACGUGCAGCGCACCGCCGCGCACGCCGCGUCCCUCCAGAGCAAGCCCCACGCCCCAGCGCCCCCCCCACCCACACACACACACGCACCUUCGCUUCAGCCACGCGCGACUACCCCCGUGCCUCCGCCGCCCCAAGCCGCGAGGAAGCCCUACCGUGCCCCCCGCGCACCUGCUCCUGCGCGUCCGUCUCCCCCGCUCGGAGGAGUUGGCGGCGGUGCCCCUCGACCUCCUGGCGGCACAAAAUCGUGGCGAGGGACGGAUUAUUUGGGCGGCAGACGACGACACCAUGGGAAUGGACGAGGCGGCCUCGGUCCUCGAUUCGGUCGGGGGUGAGGCUGGCGCGGAACAGUAAAAAUAUUCUCUGCACUUCACACUUUGAGUCAUAUCCAAAGCAGAUUGUUCUCCUAACAAGUGAUGAAUUGCCACUAGAAAUCCUCCAGAAAUUCAUGGCUUCAGGCAGGCAAGCAAGUAGCUAUCUCACGUUUGGAAUUGUCGAGCAGGCAGGGGCGCGCCGGGUCAUAGAGGAAGUAGUCGAGCAUCUUGAGGUUGCUGCUGAGGAAGCGGCGGCCGAGGACGACGGCGAGGAGGACGAGCCCGUCGGAGGCGGCGAAGACCCUGGGCUCGGUGGCGAAGCGUGUGGGGGUUCAGGGUGGGGCAGUGGACGCGGAUGUGGGAGAGGAGCGGCGGCGCGGCGAAGCGCAGGGUGGCCGCUGCCACGACGAAGAAGAACCAACUACACCAUUGCCAUCCUCGUGGGCGCACAGAACACGUUUGGCUUCAAUCUCCACCGGUCCAGGUCCGAGACCAUGGCCUGGACCAGAACCACGCUGCAGCUUGGUGCCAUAGACCCUCCCCCGGGCUACACCUACUUCUCGCAUCACUCGGACAAGGCGAUCGCCCUCGGCGGCGGGUUCGUGGGCUGGGCAACCUCCGGCGCGGCGCCACCCAGAGAUGAGGAGAGAAAGGAGAUCGAACUGGGUUCGGCCUUUUGUUUUUCGGUUUUGCUAUUUCUCUUUGUUUUUGGCAUGCAUCGGGUGAGAACGCGGACGGAAGCGAUACUGCUUCCACUGACGAUCGAACAAGGAAGCGUUACUCCUUUUAUUAUUAGGUAGAGAUAAAACAAAAGUUAUUUACAAGGCAGAUAACAUAGUAUAUCAUGUCAAAACUAGAACUAUCUGAAACUGUCAAGCCAGUUUUACAUUGGCUAUAGUUCUUUCUUUUGGUUCUGUGGAAAACUAGAUUCAGUUCUCCCUUGAAAAUCUGUCUGCAUCUAUAUAUAAAGUGAUGGUCUAAUGCUAUUGAAAAUAAACUCA